GUGGUGUCAGUUCAGUUCUUGUUCGUUCGCACAAGAAACGAGAAGCAUAGCAUGUGCCCAUCAGUUCAGAGCCACGUACACGCUUACUUAUUACACUAUCAAUCUUACCAUAAACUUUUUUCCUGUGGUUACCGUUAGGGUUAAAACAAUUGAAAAAAAUUCAACACCAAAUCCCUCAAACCAGACGUCAAUUGAAGUUAUUUUUGUUGCAGAUAACUAAAAUUCAAUAGAUGAACAUUAUUAUUUAGUGUACGAAAUCACAAGUGACAAAAGUUAUGAUAUUUUCAUGGAUAUUCUAGUGUGAAGGUUGGUGAAGUGCCUUUGGUGAAUUUCUCACGGUUAAAAAGCUACCUGGUUGCCUCCAUAAUUUGUCAAAAGCUUUGGGAAAGUAACGGAAGACAAUAAACAAAAGUAAGAGAGUAAGUGAGAAGAAAUAGAUAGCGAAAGGAACGGAGAGAGAAGUCGACGAGGUAAAGAAAAAUAGAAGGACUGUGGCAAACGACCAACCAGAGCGAGGUAACACAAAACAGGGCGGUGGAAAGAGAUUGUGUAGAGAAGAGAGAAGAGAAGAGAAGUCGGACGACUUCGGACCAACGUCGUCGACCUGAGGCAGCUUUAACUGAGGGAUCCAACAGUAAAAAUUCAACAUCUGAAAUAACUUUUCAAAUAUUUACUAUCACUUGUGUCGACUCACUCAAGAUUUUUCUAAAAUGAGCUACACCAGGACACCGCAACCAAUUGUGAGCAAGAGUUGUGAGACCCUUGUCAGCAAAUGUGAAAUACCGAUCAUCGAUCUUGCUCACAUGGGCACAGAACCAUGCCCCCAGAAGGGAGUAGUUAAACAAGUCGCUAAGAAGCUUGUACGGGCUCUUUCUGAGAAAGGACUUGCUCUUCUUGUCAACCAUGGUAUUCCCGAUUGGAAGAUAAAGGCAGCAUACAGAGCUUUGGACACUUUUUGUGAGCUACCUAAAGAGGCUCGUGCCAAAUUUGAGUGCGUUGCACCUUCGAGCCAUGGAUAUAUCAAGCCAGAACCUGGAACGAAUCCAACAGAUGAGAUCGAAGCCAGGCACGAGUUUAUAAUAUCUGGAAACGACACAGAAUUGCCAGAUGAAGAUGUUCCAAAUUUCCGUUCAGCAGUGGAAGAGCUGACAAGUGACUUUAAACAACUCUCGGCUAUGCUUCUCACAGCUCUUGCUGUUGGAAUGGAACAGCCAUCGGAUUACUUUAUGAGCAAGCACUCCAACCUUCUUGACUCUGGUAAUAGCUCUAGCUUCCGGAUGAUUUACUAUCCGCCGGCAGUUUUAUCAGAAUCUGGUGCUAUGCGUUACGGGCCAAGUUGUGAUACUGGAACCUUCACGCUUUUAACUCAGGACUGCGAAAAUGGAUUAGAGAUCCAAUCACCAUAUGGCGAACGUUGGGGACGUGUAGGUCAUCUUCCCGGAGCUAUUUUGAUUAAUUCUGGAGACUGUCUCGCUAAAUGGACCAACCAACAGCUAUCAUCAUUGAAACAUCGUGUUGUGGUGCCUGAACAUUGCUCUCGAGGUCGUCAUUCCAUCGGAUUUUUCGUUCAGCCAGACGAGAAUGUUGAAAUAGAGCCUUUGAAGACAAAGAUAUCAAUUCCACCACAAGAACCAGUUAUUUGUCGUCUUCAGAAGAAAAAGCGUGGGGUACUUACGGCGUAUCAUCAUCUACAACGUCGUUUUCGUGAAACUUAUGCUUCUUAAUAAUUAAAAUUCUAGAUUCCCUGGCGUGUUACUUAUCAUUAAAUCACGCGGAUAAGGAAGAAGAGGAAUCGCGACGAAAAAGAACUCAAAUUAUUAUGUUCUCUAGUUGUAAUGUCAGUAUUUGACAACAGCAAAAAAAUUAUUUGCCGCGAUUAAUAAUCAAAACGAUCGCGAUAGACUGAAUAGUUUAAAAUUAUUAAUCCUGCGAAUGGAUUUUUAUACUUUCGUGGUCUUUGCUCUAGAUGCAUUUAAUUAAAUGUACUUUAAUUCCAUGAAUUUGACAAUAAUUUAGCUUCAAUACCAUCAUUUUACGAUUAAAUGAGAGGAGCUUUGAUCUAAAUAAAAUAAAACAGAGACCAACGAGAAAUCAAAAAAAAAAUAGAGUCGACAUCGAUUCAAUGAACCGUCCAAUAAUCUCUCGUAAAUCUCUUAUUGCAAUAGAUGAAUUGAAUUUUAUUAAUAAAUAAAUAAAACAAGACCACGAAAGGUCGUCGUCUGUUCGUGUGAACCGUGAUAAAAGCGUACACAAGGAAUUAGUCUGGAGUCUCCAGCAAUAAUAAAUGAAUUUGUACUUAAAAA